AUGCUGCUAGGCAUCUGCAAGCAGCAGCAGCAGCAGCAGCAGCAGCAGCAGCAGCGGCAGCAGCAGCAGCAGCAGCAGCAGCAGCGGCAAAGAGGAAGCUGCUGCUGGGGACCUGACACGGGCUCUGAAGCGGCAACGUUCCAGGCAGCGGCUACUGCUCAGCAGCAGCAGCAGCCGAGCAGCAGCAGCAGCAGCAGCAGCCGAGCAGCAGCAGCAGCAGCCGAGCAGCAGCAGCAGCCAUCACUGCAGCUGCCGCAGUGCCACUGGCUUCCACAGCAUCUUCUGCUGCAGAAGCUCCAGCAGCAGCGAUUGCUGCUGCUGCAGCAGUCAAAUUCGCAGGCCCAGCAGCAGCAGCAGCAGCAGCAGCAGCAGCGCGGGCAGCUGUGUGGCAGCAGAUAA